AUGGAGUUUGUCGGAAUUGAUAUCGGCAACUAUAAAACAGUGAUUGCCUCUUCCAAGGAGAAUGGGAAGGUAUAUGGCGACGAGCAAGGGAAAAGGUCUAUAAGGACUGUAAUGGAGCUUAGUACGCCAGUGCGCAGGUUUGGAAAUGGGGUGACCAACGACGUUGAGCAAUCACUUGACUUGAGGAGUAGGAGCUUCCGGGAUGCCCUAGAGGACAAGAAGGGAUGGGGGAACCUUGCGAUGUUCAUGAAGUAUAUUGAUAGGGUUGUGAAGAAGAACACUCCCACCCAUCCUCCAAUAUGCAUGGCCGUUCCUGCUUACUUCAAAGAGAGAGAAAGAAGAAUCUUGGUGGACAUUGCAAAUACGAUGGACUUUAAGCUUGAGGGGCUUAUUACGGACAUAUCUGCAAUAGCGAUGUUUGCAUGCGUUAGAAGAGAAAAUAUGCCAAGUGAGUUCCUUCUGUUUGAUUUCGGGUUUUCAAAGACUACUGCUGGGCUUUUUAGCUUUGAAAAGAAUGUCCUUAAGCCGCUGUAUAUGAAGACUGUGAGGGUGGGAUCUAUGCAAUUUGAUGAAAAGCUGAUUGACAUCAUUGUUGAGAAGCACUCUCUAGAGAAAAGCCGCCUCGUCCGAGAAAAGAUCAAGAGGAAUCUUGACAAGAUUAAGACAACAUUGAACUCCACGAAGUGUUGCAAUAUCCAACUGUUCAUUACGGAGAAUCCUCUGGAGGUGAUUAUCACGCAGGAGGAGUAUAGGAAUGCAGUUAAGAGCUAUCUAAGCGAUUUGGACUCGUUUGUUAGUUCGGUUAUAAAGGAAACUGAAUUCAAUGGGCUGGUGGAGGUUGUUGGAGGGAACUCGAUUUCGUUCCUUAUUAAGGAGAUGCUGAGGGAUAAGGUUGAAUAUCAGGUAACGUUGGAUGUUUCAGAUUCUACUGCAAUUGGUGCGGCACUUGGGAUGGCAUGCAUGUCUUUAAGGACCAGAUAUUCGCUUCAUGAUAUUGUGGGAAGGGAGAUUUCGAUCCGAAUCCAGGGGGAGGAUGUCAGCCCAACGGUGAUAUUCAAGUCGACGGAGCUGGUUGAGGGAAAUCCAAAGAUAGUUACAUACAACAGAAAGGAAAGCUUUGUGUUGGAGAUUCUGGAGGACGGAGAAGUGAUUUCGACUCUAAACGUUGUGAAAGGUGAGACAAAGGAGACAAAGGCGAUCCAUGUGUCUUUUUCGAUAGGAAAGUUUGGAACGGUUUGUGUGAACUCUGUGGAAUGUGAAGAGUCUGUCGACUAUGAAUACAAGCCCUUCAGGAUAUCUGAUAUUGAUCUGGAUGAUAUCAAGGCAUUGGAGAUGAAGUACAGAGACGGAGAGCUGGGGCUCGAAAGAAUAGGAACGAUGAGGAAUGAGCUAGAGACUAUGGCUGUAGGGCUGGGAGAUGCUCUGUAUAACAAGUUCGGUAAGAUUACAAACGACGAAGAAUUGAAUACAGUUAGGGAAGUAGCUAUGGAUUUGUUUGAUAUGCCACAGUCUGAAACUGUAGGACAAGAAGAGGAGGUCCGAAAUACUAUUCUGUCGAAGUUGGAGUUCAUAUCCAAGAAGCUUAGCGAUUAUAGGGACGCUGCUGUUGAAGACCUUAAGAAGCACAAGGAUAUGAUCAACGAGUUUAGGAAGGAGUACGGUAGUGUUUUUACGCCUAGCUUCUACAAGCUGCAAGGCCUUCUCUACAAAGUGGAUGAGUAUCUUAAGGACUUCGACCUGAAUCUAUUCAAUGUGAAAUUGUUUGAUGAAAGCUUUAUAAUGGAGAUUAAGGGCGACAUUCAGAAGUAUCUAGAAAAAGCCAAGCUCGAGAUUGAAGAGAAAAGAAAAGAGGAAGAAAGGAAAAGUAAGAAGGAGAAUGCUCAGGAAGGCACUAGCAGCAAGCCUGAGUCUAAAGAGGAAUCAGAAGCCAAGGAAGACAAUGAUGAGGAAUCUGACGUUGCAAGCAUUGACGAAUAA